ACACAAGGUCUAAUUACUGGACUUUGUGCUGGUGCAGCCUACACGUGAGACGGAAGCUGUUCCCAACUGGAGGCGCGCGUGCGCCCUAACCACUGAGCGAACGGCUUUGCAAAGUGGCAGCUCAGGGUUCUAUAGACAUCAUUCGCAAGCGCAGCUCCACUGGAGGACACGCUCUGUGCAGCAUCUCCCUCUCAGCCGUCCGUGUGAGAGUCGUGGAAUAACAAACAUUCCUCAGAGAAGCUCAGAACCGGAUCACCGGCAGCAGAGAAGUAAUGGAUGAAAGAAUACCGCAUUUACAGGACAGACAGUUCAUGGAGCACGCAGAUUUCCUAGGGGUGGAUUAUCCCCCGCUUUACAUGUGCAAAUCCAAACGAGGAAUAAAACGAGAAGAUGGUGGGAAGGACGCAUACAAGUUACCACACCGGUUGAUAGAGAAGAAGAGGAGAGACAGGAUCAACGAAUGUAUUGGUCAGCUGAAAGAUUUAUUACCCGAACAUCUGAAGUUGUCGACGCUCGGACAUUUGGAGAAAGCUGUUGUCCUGGAGUUGACAUUGAAACAUUUAAACGCACUGACUGCUGUCACUGAGCAGCAGCACCAAAAGAUUAUUGCUUUGCAGAAUGGUGACCGGUCGAUAAAAUCUCCCAUUCAUACCGAUCUGGAUGCAUUCCAUUCCGGGUUCCAGGCUUGUGCCAAGGAGGUCCUGCAGUACCUGAGUCAGUUUGAGAACUGGACUGCUCGAGAGCAGAGGUGCGCGGAGCUGAUCAACCACCUUCAUAAGGUGUUGGCGCAGUUCCAGUCUGGUACGCCACAGCUACAGCACCCGUUACCCGCCGGGGACGCACAAGAUGGUCAGAAAUCUGACAGCCAAGCCAACUGUGUCCCGGUCAUACAGAGGACCCAAGGAGGAGAACUUAACGAGAAUGACACAGACACGGACAGUGGAUACGGUGGUGAGGCUGAAAAGAGUGAUGGCAAGGAUAAAGAAUGUGAGCGCAACAAGGCGCAGGGACCCAAGGCAGUUAAGAUCAAACAAGAGUUUGGAGAUGAUCGAGCAGCUAAAAAACCAAAGAUGAGCUGGCCUGGGAACGGGGGUGCGGACCCCACCAGGCCCGAGCUGGCGUUUAUGAACUCUCUGAUGGGAAUAAGCAGUGUUGGACAGCAGACACCAGUUUGCAUGCCUUUUUACUUCAUCAACCCAUCAGCCGCGGCGUCUUAUAUGCCCUUUUUCGAUAAAAACAACAUUGAAAAGUACAUGUACCCAGCGGCAGCUGCCCUUGCGUCGCCUUUCCCAUGGUUAUAUCCUGCACAUGCGUCCGCAGCGGCGGCCGCAGCUGCCGCUGCUGCCGCUUUCCCCGGUUUGUCGCAUUUGGGAGCCUCCACUCAGUCCAAGGACUCCCACCCUGCAGACAACGACGAGUCACCCGAAGCUGAAACAUGCUCACCUGAGGAGUGCGAGGAAAGUCUUGCAAGUGACGACGGAGAGGGUGACGUAGGUGACAUCCCGAGAGAACAAGAAUAGUCCACAACAGCAGUUUACUGCGUGUCCCACGAGCUAAGAAGUCUGCGUACCUCUGCGUGCAUUCUGAAAAGGAGUUUAUGUGUUUCAAUUUUUUAAAUUAGGGUAGAAUGUGGGGUAUCACAGAAGAAUUUCCCAUGUACAGUAUCUUGGCGAUAUCUUGGGGGCAGUUGUGACUGCGCGUGCCUUUUGCACUUAUAUGCUCGAUUAAACAAUCUGAAUGACUAUCGACAAUGAUUGACACUUCAUAGCUGUGUUGUGCUGGAGUUAGUUGUUUUUUUAUCCUGUUUGAUAAAACAUUUUGACAUGGCAGCGUUGGUGCCAAAACUUUGAGUACCACAGCAGUGCGCAAUAUCCCAAUCAGUGAUUCUCUUUAGAUGUGUGAAGUUGCAACUGACCUCUGCCUAUGGCUAAAAACCUGGCACACUGGCUGUAAAUAUUACUUUGAAGGUAGUCUGAUUCAUCUAUGUGUAAAUGUGCACUAAAUGGUCCUACAGAAAUGCUCCUGGAAGUGUAAAGCUUCAUUACCUCAUUCUCAACUUUGCGUGGAGGACGGCGGUUGAAGCCGGUUGAGGGGGCACAUAAUUAUCCAGUUAACUGAAUGGUACCCACCUUCCAACAUGCAUAUCAUUUCUACCAUGAAGAACAGAUACAAAAUCAGAUAUUUUAGACAGAUAUUCACACACAUGAACUGAGUAAAGGGAGAGGUGUUGCACCUGAAUUCCUUCAACUCUUCUUUGCAGAAGUUUGCUUUGCAAAAGACAAAAAGCACUGACAUUAGACUGAAAAACUGGAGAAUGAGUUGUCUUGACCACAGUGGUAUGUCCCCUAGUUGAAGCAUUUCUACACAGAUAUGCAGUGACCUCCCAUACCUCCAGGAACAAUUGUAGGAUAGCACCUUAUUGAUCUUUGAUAUUGAAUGUACCAGUAUUUUCCCAGUUAAAGUUUCUAUGUAGGAUUAUCUUUACUAUUUGAGUAAGUUAAGUGCACUUUUUUCUCCUUUUAUUCUCCUCCCAGCAGUCACCUUAUCAUUCUGAAAGUCAAUCACUGUAGUUCUCUUUGAACCUCUCUAUUGUGUUGAGAUGUCUUUAGAAAAUAUUUAACUUUAUUAAAAAAAAGAUCAGAGUUGCUUUAUGAUAAUCCCCUGCAGUAAAAUGGCCAUUUAGUAAUUUUCCCAAUUUUACAAAACACUUCUUUCUAGCUCUUUCAUGAUAAAACCUGCAAACUUAUUCUACAUCAGUCCAUCAUUAUGUAAAACUGACUAAACUGGGAAAGAAACUGUGGUCAUUGCCAUGUUAAGAACUUUAUCUUGGCCUCUUUUCUAACUAAUUCCUGCAAGUGUAAUGUUGCUCUGCUUUUUUAAAGUUUCACAUGUGACUAAAUAGACAUCAUAUUCAUUGUAUUUUGCAUACACGACAAUGCUUUUGUAGUUGGUUUUGCUUAAGCUCUCUUAUCAACUGUUGUAAAAAAGUGGCAUGUAUGUUUGUAAAUAGUUUUUUGUGAAUAUACCAUUAAGUAUACAUGUCUGUCAAUGUUGUAGAGCUCUAUGGAUUUUUUAAAAAGAUUUAACUGAGCAACUGUUGCACAUUUCGUUAAUGCUUUACACAUAUGCUGUUCUAAAUUAUUGCAGAUGAGUUGUAAAAUAAAUAU